GGUGCCCACCCCCGCCCCCACCCCUGCCCAGCACCUCUGGGGCCCCUGGCAUGGAGGAGAUUAUUGUGGCUCAGGUAGACCACAGUCUGGGCUCUGCCAGGGUCCCCAGCCACAGGCGGGUGAACCCGCCCACUGUGCGCAUGAAGAAGCUCAACUGGCAGAAGCUGCCUUCCAGUGUGGCCCGAGAGCGCAGCUCCAUGUGGGCAUCGCUGAGCAGCCCGGACGCCGAGGUGGUAGAGCCCGACUUCUCCAGCAUCGAGCGGCUCUUCUCCUUCCCCACGGCCAAGCCCAAGGAGCAGGCAGCGGCCCCGGCCAGGAAGGAGCCCCGGGAGAUCACUUUUCUGGACCCCAAGAAAAGCCUGAACCUCAACAUCUUCCUGAAGCAGUUUAAAUGCUCCAACGAGGAGGUCACCACUAUGAUCCGGGCUGGAGACACCACCAAGUUUGACGUGGAGGUCCUCAGGCAGCUCCUCAAACUCCUUCCCGAGAAGAAUGAGAUUGAAAACCUGCGCUCCUUCACCGAGGAUCGGGCCAAAUUAGCCAGUGCCGACCAGUUCUACCUCCUCCUGCUGGGCAUCCCCUGCUACCAGCUCCGGGUCGAGUGCAUGCUGCUGUGUGAGGGCACGGCCGUCGUGCUGGACUUGGUGCGGCCCAAGGCCCAGCUGCUGCUGGCCGCCUGCAAGAGCCUGCUCACCAGCCACCGGCUGCCCAUCUUCUGCCAGCUGAUCCUGAAAAUCGGGAACUUCCUCAACUACGGCAGCCACACUGGUGACGCAGAUGGCUUCAAGAUCAGCACGCUGCUGAAGCUCACAGAGACCAAGUCCCAGCAGAGCCGUGUGACGCUGCUGCACCAUGUGUUGGAGGAAGUGGAAGAAAGCCACCCCGACCUCCUGCAGCUGCCCCAGGACCUGGAGCCGCCCGCCCAGGCAGCAGGGAUCAACCUUGAGAUCAUCCGCUCAGAGUCCAGCACCAACCUGAAGAAGCUUCUGGAGAUGGAACGGAAGGUGUCCUCGUCUGUCCCGGAAGUGCAGGAGCAGUACAUGCAGCGGCUGCAGGCAAGCGCUGGGGCGCAGGGUCCCCUCCAGUGUUGGGAGCAGAGUGAGCUGGGCUGGGGCAGGUGGGCUGGGGGAUAUGUGAAGCAGGAGGAGGUGUGUGUCAUCGACGCCCUGCUGGCUGACAUCCGGAAGGGCUUCCAGCUGCGGAAGACAGCCCGCGGCCGAGGGGACGCCGAGGGGCCCAGCAAGGCGGCUGCCGCAGGCCCCCCCAGGAGCAAGGCACCUGCAGCCACCAGUGAUCCCGUGAGAGGCCCCGGUCUCCCCACCUCUGAGCCUGGUCUUGACACGGUAGCAGCCAGGGAGCCCCAGGGCUGGGACCUCGCAGAUGCAGCCCCCAGCAGCCCCCAGCCCACCGGAGACCCGUCAGAGAAGGGUGGUCCUGGGCCCCUGGAGAGGCGUUCUUCCUGGUACAUGGAUGCCAGCGACUUCCUGGCCACGGAGGACUCCCAAGGCCGCCCACCCACUGCAGGGGCCUGGCCAGUGGUGCUGGAAGACGCCCAGGCCCUGAAGCCCCUCAGCUUCUCCAGCAACAGGCCUCCCGGAGCUAUGGGUUCCAGCCAAGACAGCGAGGAGCCCGCAGCCCCUCAGGGUGCCCGCCAGGCAGAGGCUGACAGCACAGGCCAGGGCCUGGAGGACACAGCCCCCAGCAGUCACAGUGUUGGCCUCGCUGCCGCAGGCGCCGGCGGGGACAGGGACGAGGACGAGGAUGAGAACACAGCCCCCGACUCUGCGCUGGACACGUCCCUGGACAGGUCCUUCUCUGAGGACGCAGUGACUGACUCGUCAGGGUCUGGCACCCUCCCCCGGGCCCAGGGCCGGACCUCGAAGGGGACAGGCAGGCGAAGGAAGAAGCGGCCCUGCAGGAGCCAGGAAGGCCUCAGGCCCAGGCCCAAAGCCAAGUGAGUGGACCCACACAGCAGGGGCCAC